GUGAACUUGAAUCAAUCUAAAAGCCUAUUGCUUAUUAGACGUGCGAAUACUUUGCCUGCGUUUAGUCCUCAAUGAAAAAUUGUUCACGAGUUUUUCUUGCUUUCUAACGUGUCAUGUAUGAUAUUAUUGCAAAUAUUUAAAUAGUAGUAAAAAUAAUUUUUAAAAGUAUUUGAAAAAUUGCGAUAUUGUUAGAAAACAGCAGUGAAAAUAAUUUGGAAUUUCUGAAAAAUCCACUUUACUACAGCGCAGACAAAUAUGGCCACGUCUGAUAAACCUGGUGGAUACGUUACAGAUGAAGAUUAUUCUUCUACCAUUACAUAUAAUUUUAAGUGGACAAUUAAUAAUUUCGAGUUUGUUUGCAAAAACGUAAAAGUAAUUAAAUCUCGACAAUUUUCAACAAAGAAUUUUAAUGAUGGCAAAUGGAUAAUUAUGUUGGAACCUACAGAAUUAAUAGGAAGCAACAACGAUGUCUUUAAAAUUCAUUUGAUUUUUGACGAUCAAAAAUUUUUAAAGAGCAAAAAAUUACUAAAUCUUGAAAUAUCAUUUAAAAGGAGGGAUAAUUUAGAAAUAGUUAAAUCAUUUUUCCCUUGCACUGCAUAUGAUAAUCGAGGUGAGAAUAACAUAUUGUGGGAAAUAAAUGCAAAGGAUUUACUUUACGCCUUUAUCGACAGUGCACCAAGGGACCAAUAUGGACGAAAGUGUCGUGUAAUCCCAAUAUCUAUUGAUGUUACAUGCGAGAUUAAUAUUCUUGACAAUAUUCCGUCUAUAAUAAAAAAAUCGCUUAUUGAUAUUGAAAACUGUAAUAAUGAAAUAAUAGAUAAUAUUAAAAGUUUGCUCCACAAUGAAGAAUUCAAAGAUGUUACGUUUAAUGUUGAGGAUAAAAAAUUCACCGCUCAUAAAAAUAUACUCGCCAUUCGAAGUCCUGUAUUCGCUGCAAUGUUCAAGAACAAAAUGACUGAGGGACUAACAUCAGUUGUUGAAAUUAAUGACAUAAAACCAGCAAUCUUUCAACAAUUGCUGAAUUUUAUUUAUACGGAUCGAGUCAAGAAUCUAGAAGAAUCAGCAUUCGAAUUAAUAUACGUAGCGGAAAAAUAUCAACUGGAGAAACUUAAAAAUUUAUGCAUCAACAGUUUGAAUGAAAAAUUAUCUAUAAACACAGUUUCUAAAACUUUGGAGGUUGCCGAUUUUUAUUCAAUUGAGAACCUAAAGAAUGAAUGUCUAAAAUUUGUAAACGAUAAAAGAUAUGAAAUUAUCGAGACAAAGGAGUUUCAGAAAUUAUUAUUAGAUCGUCCAAAUUUAUCGAUUGACAUUUUAAAAAUAAAAGAAACAAGAAGGAACGAAUGUUAUGAAUAUUAUGAGUUAAGAUAA